AAACACAUCCCAACUAUCUCACCAAACAUGGCGAAGUUGUCAACAAUAGUACCCUUCCUCUUUCUCCUCCUAGCCAUAGCUCUCCCGCUGAUCCUCGCCGCCGCGUCAGGAGAUGCAGCACCUACUACCACCGAGGCUGAUUGUUUCCACCGCCCCGACGAGUCCGAUGGAGAUCUACUCGAAGCCUCAAUGCCUAACGACGACGACGAUGUGGAGCUAGAGGGCGAACAACUCGACGAUGAAGGCUUGUUCGAGGACGAUAUGGAGCUAGAGAGCGAACAACAUGAUGAUGAAGCCUUGCUCGAGGACGAGGACGAGAAUGAUGAGACAGGUUACAUAGUAAUGCCAACUGAUCAUGAAAACGACGAAGAAGACGAUGAUACUGAAUCAUCACUUUCGCCAUCGGAUGAGUCCUAUUCGGAUUUGGACUCGGAUGAGGAGGAGGAUAUCAAUGGCCGCGAGGCUGCAGGUAAAUUAGGUGUUGCGGUGGAUAAGGUGGUGACGGCGGCCUUCUUCAACAGCAUAAUAAAGAACGCAGGAUCAACCUGCAAAGGGAAGCGAUUCUACACCAGAGCCGCCUUCCUCACCGCCACCAAGUCCUACCCGGAGUUCGGCAAGCAAUCCUCCGACGCCGCCACCAAGCGCGAGAUCGCCGCCUUCUUCGCCCACGUCACCCACGAGACCGGAUCUUUGUGCUACGUCGAGGAGAUCAAGAAAGCGACCUACUGCGACCGGAAGGCGACAAAGUGGCCGUGCGCCCCGGGGAAGCAGUACUACGGGAGGGGCCCACUUCAGCUGACGUGGAACUACAACUACGGGCCAUGUGGAAAGGCCAACAAGUUCGACGGCUUGAAGAAUCCCGACAUCGUGGCGAAGAACAAGGUCAUCGCGUGGAAGGCGUCGCUGUGGUUCUGGAAGAAGAGCGUCCGCCCGGUGCUGAAGAAAGGGUUCGCGGCCACCAUCAGAGCCAUCAACGGCGGGGAGUGCAACGGCGGGAACCGCCCGGCGGUUGAAUCUCGGGUGAAGUUCUACAAGAAGUACUGCAAGCGCUUCGGGGUCAAGCCGGGGUCUAACCUAUCCUGCUAAUGAAAGAUCAGCACAUAUAUAAUAUCAUAUCAUUACUCUUCUGUGUACUGCAUGUGUUGUGUUAACCAUGUCAUGUUGUGUGUUAUUAUACUGUCUUUUGUUGUUUGUCAUCGAUCGUGAACUUGUUAGAGCCCCAAUAUUCAUACAUGGGUGAAUAUUUGAGGGUCAGAAUAAAAGUUUCUAAUCGUU